CUCCCAUUCCUUUGUUGCUGGGCUCCGGAUCCGCGACUUGUUCUCCAGCCCGGAGGUUCCCGGUCUCGACCUCUAUCCUCCGCCUCGACGUUCACAUUACACCCAGAGGGAAAUAAACCCACAGCCAAGGUGGAUCUGCGUGUCGAUGUGGCCCCAUAUCUUGUCGUGGACUGUGUUAGCGGCGGCGAUACUCGCAGGUAUUGGCAAUGUUGCUGGGGUCCACGUCUACACAGGAGGCAAUGUUGAGGCUCGGAACGGCACAGAGUACCGGCUCAAGUGCACCUUCACAUCCACCCAUCCUGUCGGGAAAAAGACCUCAGUCACUUGGUCCUUCCGACCCGAAAACGGUGGCACUGAGGAAGUUGUCAUGUAUUAUCAAGAGCAACCAUAUGCAUCUGCAGGGGGACGGUUUAAGGGACGGGUGGUGUGGUCUGGGAACAUUUGGAAAAAAGAUGUAUCGAUUACCAUCAUGGACCUACGCUUCACGGACAAUGGGACGUUCAUGUGCUCCGUGCUCAAUCCCCCUGACGUGGACCUGAUCGUUGGUGAAGUCCGACUUGCUGUUGUGGAAAAAGUCACCUACUCAGAGAUGUUGAUCUUGGGCAUUGUGAUCGGAGGAGCAACGGGGCUGGUGGUCCUGAUCGUCAUCUGUAUGGUCACGGUCCAGCUUUGCAGGAGGAGGAGGGAGGACUUGAGUGUGGAGGAGGUGGAGGUGGAGGCGCAUCUACGGAGGGACGAACGAAGAUACGAGAGCAAAGAUGGUAUGGAAAUGGGGAAGUUCAAUGGUGAGGUGCUGAGUCUGACUGAAGAGGCCGAGUCAGCAAGGGUUUCCUGAAGACUGAAGGUCUGUCGCAGAACAAAGUUUAAUUUUAACAAGAGAAGAAGCAAGAUUUUAAAGUAAACUUCAUGUCGGCCACCUUUUAUAGGGGGGAACAUUUCAGACUAUUUUCCUUGUGCUGUUCAGCACAUCACGCUUGUUGCUGAGGGUGUUGUAUUAAAAAGAGAGCUGCACUUGAGCCCAGGCAACACCACCAGUCUGUUGCAGGCGGCUCGAGUCAUAGCAGAAACCUAUUGUUAAACCUGGAGUGUCCAUCGAGAACAAUCCAGGGAAUAGGAACAUAAUAGUUAUAUCACUGGAAUAUUGAUUCAAAGAAUUUGAGUUCAUAUCUCAACAAUAAAAUUUGAGAAUUGAAAAUUUUAAAUUGAUUUUGAUGAAAGGAACUCCCGAACUGCCGGAUAUUUGCAACGAUUCAAUUAAUUUACGGAUGGCUGAGGAACAAGGGAAAAUGCCAUCCUUUCACCACACUGGUGCUUUAUGUGACUCCACCUCAAUGUGAUUCAUUCUUAAAUGUGCUCUGAUUUAGUUACUCAGUGGUGUCAAAGGCUGCUUCCCAGACAUCAGUGUUCCCAAAGGAAAAUCUACCGCCUUCACCGGACAUCUAGGGAUGGACAAUGAAUGCCAGCUUUGUUCGACAACAUUGAAUUGAUGAUACGGCUCCAGAUUGGGAGAUUCUUCACCACAAUCAAUACACACCAUAAAGCAGCCUCACUUCCAUUAUCUGCUCCAUUCUAUUUCCUUCAUUUUAUUUACUUCCAUGCUCUCCCAGAGCCCAUAAAUUGCUGAGUUUUGAGUCGCAGGCAGCUGAUUACAGAAGCUCUUCAAAUGCAUCCUCGACCAACAUGACCCAAAAUUAGCCACGUGUUUGCGCCUGAGCUCCCGGUACCUCACCAAGACUAUAAUCAAGAGUUAUUUAACGGAAUGUCCAAUGUCUCUUAAAAUGAUUUUUAUUUUAAAGAGAUCCAGGAUUUCUAGUUGAGGGGGAGAUGAGUGUUCAUAGUUGAGUAUCUGUUAGUGAUCUGUAAAUAUUCAAAUGUUAUAUAUGAAAGCAAACUUGAAUAUUUUUUCAAUUACUUUAAAGAUGUAUAGAUUUAUACUUAAUUGUUGAUGACUUUGAUAUAUAUCAUGUAAAAUGUAUUUUCACAUUUGCAAUUGCAUAAAAUAAAACCAUUAACACUGAG